UCACAUCAAUAGGUCGUUGAGUGUUAUAGGUAUAGGCCUAGGCUAGUGUUUUGUUUUUAGUUUGGUCGUUAGGUCAGACAAGUGUUGUUGGGAUUAGCUUAGCUUUUAAAAGUCAGGCAUUUUCAGGCAUCAGGCUACAGUUAAAUUUGUAGAAGUAGCCUACACUGUUAACAUUACUGUGAGUUGAUUUUUACUGUUAUGUGAUUGAUCCCUAAACGUAGGCUAGAUACUUUGUUAGCCAAUUUGACUUAUUUUACAUCUUAGGCCUAUAACAAAUUGACAAUUAUUUAAAUAGAUCUAAAUUGUGAAUUUUUAAAUAGGCCUAGUAAUUCAAUAAUGCCUUUGCUUGGUGAAAAGGUACACUGCUAUAAAUGCACAAAAAAUGAAAGCUUUAUGUGGCAUCAGACUCCUAAGGGUGUUCAGUGCAACGACUGCCACGAAUCCGAACACACAGCUAAGGUUGUUGAAGAAGAGGAGAAGAAACCUGCCACGAUAGAAAAACCAAAAACUGCCUCCAAAAGAAAUUCUACGAGGGCUUCUCGUUGUUAUAAGACUCGGCAAAAUCCAAAUGCCACACCUAAACAGUAUUCUACCAAGGGAAAGGGGAGGCGAAGCGUAUUUAAGAAAAAAGAUCCAGUAAAGCUGACCCCGUCUGGUGCUACUUAUACUACCUCAACAAUGGUGCUUUACAAGCAAACAGUUUGGAGAAGCGGGGAUAUAGUGUCAGUUCGUGAUGUGGAGGGAGGUAUAUACUACGCUCAGCUUGACUUGUUCCUCAGUGACAUGUAUUGUGAACCGAGUGCUUCCAUUACCUGGUUAUUGCCAACUCGUAAUGAUUCGCCAUUCAAAGACAAAGGAUUUGAUCCUAUGUCAUAUGUACUUGGUCCCCACGAUGAUAGUCCUCGUAAGCUGGAAUACUUUGAGUUUGUCAUGCAUUGCCCGUCCGACUACUACCGAACUAAAACCCCCUUCCCUGACGGAUUGCCUGACUUCAAUCGCCCUUCUGUUUGGGGCCGUAUGAAUGCGAUAGAAAAAGUGCAAAAAAAGUGAAAUUGAUGUGAUAUACAAAAAAAGCAAUUUUACUAAAACAUGAAAACCAAGACUGUUUCAAAGACUGCUGCUUAUGAAUAUACUCGAUGUUAAAUUAGUUGAUAGACUUUUUUACAAUGAACAAAUGUUUAUUAUGUUUAGGAUAGGAAAAGAAAACUCAUGUUCGUUUUUUGAGAAAGAUUUGAUUUUUUUUCAACUAAGUUGCUUUGUUUUUGGUCUGGACAUUUAGAUGGUAAAAAGUUAGAUAUUUAUAAUUUAAAAGGUCUUAAACAUUUUCAAGAAUCAAGACAAGAGAAAGAAAAGAACAUUUUUCUGUAAUGUUCUGAUUUAAGUCUUAAUCCAUUCGUUUACUUGAUUAAUUUGUUUAAGGCAACUUAAAAAUAGGUAAAGAGAUCCUUGACUUGGAGGUGUCCGUAGUGUUUUCAAUAUUUAAUACAUAUUUGAUUCCUGCAAAUCUCAUAACAGUGUAAUACUGAACUAUAAAUAGUGUACCAAUUACAUUGCUUCUGGCUUUAUGUUUGGUUACAAAAAAUUGAAGCAGUUACUAAGCUUUCAUUUUUGAUGAAUGGCUUAUUUUUCUGUACACAAUUUUUAUAUUACUCCAACUGUUACUGUUAAUUUACUCCAAUCUAAGUAUAAUAUGAGGUUAUGAUUUCAUUACCUUUUUAAUUUAAUUAUGUAUACCUAUUUUAGUUUCAGUUGAAUUUCAUGGCUUCACUUAAGUUACAUGGUCAUGAUUCUUACAAGAAGUGUAUCAAAUUAUUAGACUCUCUUUUCUCUGGCUCAGCAAAAGAAUUGAAAUUGGACAAAUUGUAGCAACUGUCGACUCUUAACAACUAAAACGAACCAUACCUAUAUCCGUUUUUAACUACUUACCCUGCUCUUUUAGAGAGGGUUAAGUAAGGAUGAUCAAGGUUCUACUGUAUUAUUGUCUAACUUUUGUUGUUACCUUUUUGUAAUUCUAGUCAGGGAAAUAUGAAAAAGUUCAUGUUAAAGGUUUUGUUUAGAGUUACAAGUUGUGAUACAGAGACAUUAUAAUUUUAAGUGAUAUCCUUGUAUAUGGUUUAAUAAAGGACAUUUUUAUUCACUUAAGUAA